GCCAUCGAUUGCAUAUUCCUCUCAGCUCACCGAGAGUUGCUAUGCGGAUCGCUGGAGCUGGAGCCAAGAUAUAGAUAACAAUCUAAAUUUCUUCCUAACAUAACAUUUACGGCAUAUCAGUCAUUCAGUAGAUUCACUAAUUAAAUCAGGAUCAAACACUAACUCAGUAAGUUGGGCUACAGCCUUCAGACGUAUUUAGUUUAGACAAGUGUUGAUGACUGUCGUUGACGUUGUGGCAAGCAGAGCUGAGUCGCUAGUCGCCGAGUCGAGUCCUCAUCAUACCGUCAGCUUGGCGGGGAAGAAGGGAGAGAGACACCUACUGAUUUCAGUGUGAGAGAUACAGACUCGGAUCAGCUCAGCUCAACUCAGCUCAGGAGCAUCCACUAGACAGUCGGCGACUGUCAUUCUACACUGCACGGCACGGAAUCUUGAAGGAGGCGUGUGACUUCUCGACUUUUUUAUCGGCAAACAGCAGGCCAUCAAUGAAGAAGCGUUGAAAAUUGUCAUCAGCGACUUCAACUAACCAUGGCUGACAUGUAUGAGCAACCCAGUCAGCUUUCCCACGAGGAUCCGGCCAUGUAUGCGGAGCUAGGGAAUUUUGCUAUUGAGAAGAGAAUCGGAAAGGGACAAUUCAGUGAGGUAUACAGGGCAAGAUGUCUCAUCAACGACAGGGUCACGGCACUCAAGAAAGUCCAGAUAUUUGAGAUGAUGGAUGCAAAAGCAAGGAACGACUGUAUAAAGGAAAUUGAUUUAUUGAAGUCUUUGGACCACGAUCAUGUGAUUAAGUAUUUGGCAUCGUUUAUUGAAAACAAUGAGCUGAACAUUGUACUAGAGUUGGCUGAUGCAGGAGACUUAUCAAGAAUGAUUAAGCAUUUCAAGAAGCAGAAGCGGUUGAUACCGGAGAGAACCAUAUGGAAGUACUUUGUCCAGCUUUGCAGCGCACUAGAACACAUGCAUCAGAAGAGAGUCAUGCACAGAGACAUCAAGCCUGCUAAUGUAUUCAUCACUGCGGAUGGCAAGGUCAAGCUGGGUGACCUGGGUCUGGGGCGUUUCUUCAGCUCCAAGACCACCGCUGCACAUUCCCUGGUUGGCACUCCGUACUACAUGUCACCCGAACGCAUCCACGAGACGGGGUAUAACUUCAAGUCGGACAUCUGGUCUCUCGGCUGCUUGUUAUAUGAGAUGGCAGCCCUACAGUCCCCCUUCUACGGGGAUAAGAUGAACCUUUACGCCCUUUGCAAGAAGAUUGAUAAAUGCGAUUACCCGCCCCUUCCCGCCGAUCAUUACACUGAGGAGCUGCGUAACCUGGUUGCAAUGUGCAUUCAUCCAGACCCCAACCUGAGACCUGACGUCUCCUAUGUCCUGGAGGUGGCCAAGAGAAUGCAUAUGCAGAGUGUCCAGUCAAGUUAGUCCUUCUAGCAGUCCCACCCCUUCCUUUCCAUGUCCCCGUGUAUGUACUAACAACGAUACCCCCAAGGCAAGGCCACGGCCGUCUUGCGCAGUGUUGAGUAUUGAAGGUGGAGUGCAUCGAUCGUAUACAGGGUUCAUUUUUCAGUCACGCCACCACCACCAUACCGACUCUAAACUGACCGAUACAUAGUCCUCGGGGCACUGUAACGGUCAGUUCGGUCUGUGACUUGAGGUACUACAGAACACAUGGUUGCACCACCUAUCGCAGAUAUUACAUUGCAUGGGAGCAGCAAGUCAAGUGCAUUACACAUCAGAUCCUGGGGGGUGUUUCACAAAACUUGUCAUCAGUGACAAAUGACAGUAUCUGUUAUAAGCUACUGAAAUCCUUGCUUCUGAUUGGUUAUCAGCAGAUUUGUCACUGUUUUUGUCAUUUUGUCAUUGAAAAUAGGCUUUGUGAAAUGGGCCUCUGCUCUAGAGUAUCCUCACUCGUUGAUUACUUGUAGGGUUGGUCUUGUGUGAAUGAUAACCAUAACUAAUACUAUCAAUCGGUUUUGCUGAAGCUUGUGUGGAAAAGGUAGUCGAGACCCCACCAAUCAGAUAUGUUGAAGGUUCAUUAGCAUGACAUAGCAUAAAUCCAUGAGCUGGAACAUGUAACUCUGAUAUUCAAUCGAUUUUCCACAGGAGGUGUGAUGGCUCAGUGUUAGAGCAGUGGUCUCAUAAGCGGGAGAUCCCGGGUUCGAAACCAAGUCAAUGCGCUCGUGCCCUUUGGUAAGGCAUUGAUCUUCAUUACCAAGUCCUUUGAAGAGGACUUACAGCCGUUGAUCCCCUUGUUGCUUACAUGUACUUACAAGCAUACACAUGCUUUCUUAGCAGUCGGGUAAAACAAACAACCAAACAAAUUUGUCCACAUGAAUUUCAGAAGACAAUUUGAUUGUUCUAGUUAUCGUUACCAUCAAAUAGGACUAGCCCUUUAAUUCUGGAACCACUGGUAUUCAUAGGCAGUGGGUGAAGAGGAUUUAUGUUAUUAAAGCCAUUGCCUACUGGACCCGGGUGGCCCCUGUAUUAAGCCUAUGUCAAUGAAUGAAUCCAGUAGUCAACUGGUUAACAAGUCAAUGUAAACCAAGAAAUUUUCUUCAAAACGUCAGAGGCGACAUUUACCCUUAGAAUCAAUCUGUUUUACAUGGUUCUUUGUCCAAUAGUGCCCUUAAUAGUCUAGAGUGAUGUGUUCAUUAACAUGCUAUGCCUAUUCAGAGUCUUGUAACGUAAAAUUGCAAUUUUUCAAGUACAAUGUAGUAUAAUAUAAUGCGUAUACUUCUGUGGUGAAUUACAAUGACAGUUUUGUGAUCAAUAUAUUGGACAAGUGAUUCAUCUUUGAUUAUAGCCUUUGGGUCAUUGCGAGUCAAGUAUUGUACAUACAUGCACCGGGUUCUAUCGAAGGUGCAGAAGGAUGAAUCUUUUAUUGCACCAUUCUCUAUAUGUGGGGACUACAUGUUAACUAUUGUAUUGUAAUGUAUGAGGUCAAUGUGGGGAUGUAGGCCUACUGUACACGUUUCCAAACAUGAACAUGAAGUUAUAGAAAUCAUGAGACUCGAUGCACUUUGUAGGGAUUAUCCCGUUUAUUUUAUGAUGAAACUUUGUGUGUGAGCAGCCUUAGACUUUAAUUUUUGCUUUGGAAUUCAAGCCCAAAAAAUUUACAUUUCAAGUUUUUAUUUUUUCCAGAUUUUGCAAUUGAAAUGAUGUCACCCAUUGUAUAUUAAGUAAGAUAGCAGGGGAAGAAAUAGCGAGUUAUUCCUGUGAGUUUCCUGAUCGAAAAGAAGAGAGAAAGAAAUAUUGAUGUUUCCGUCCAGGCUUUGAGUGGUAUUAGGAAUAGAGGAGUUCAGAUUCAUUACAGGAAAAGAGGUUUGAUAUUUGGUUCCAGUGAGGAUUGCAACAGUGAUGCUUUGUAUAGCUUGAUUGUAAACAUUCUUAUCAUAUAAUUAUCAAAUGAUAGCAGUAUUUUUUUUUUUGCAGUUGUCAAGCAAAUGUCUUUUCAAACAUGCACAAUUUGAACAGUCUCUUAUUUAAUCAUUUUCAAUAGAAAAUAUCAUAACAAUUAACAUGGUUUAUUAAAGAUAACAAAAACAGUCAUAAUUUGUUAGCCUUCAUGCACUGCUCAUAUUUAAGCAAUCCUGGUAAAUAACUAAUCUAUUAUCCAUUUUCAUAUGACUGAUGUAUAAAAUUAAUCAAAUAUUGCUAGACUCGUUUUCUAAUGUUUAGAAUUAGCUCCACAACCUGUAUACCAAUCAGGGAAUUGGAUAAUUCAGUAGUAAAAUGUGUUAAGAGUUAUGGCAUUGAGUUCCCAUGAGGCAUGGUAGGACAGGCAUGUAUUGCACAAGAUGACAUAACAACUGCUACUUUAGACGCAGUCAUGUAGAAUUGUGUAUAUCAGAUAAUGUUGAGUAUUGUGUUGUGAAAACACAAACUUUGUCAGUUGAAGAUAGAGUUGCUGCAGGAAUUAAUGUUAUAGGAUAUAAACAUGAAAGAAUAUAUUUAUUAAUUAUUCAUAUUAAACAUGAAGGUGUUCAGAGUAAUGUACAAACACAUCAUGUAGAGAGUAAGUGAUAUUGUUUAAAUCAUACAAAUUAUUUUUUCCUGUGAUAUAAAAUUAUAAGUGUAUAAUUUGUCAUUUGUAGUCAUAACUUGUGUGAAUUACAUUUUUCCAUUGAUUUCUUUGAAUUUCAUAAAUAUAUUCUGAAUAUAUUUCUUCACUUUCUUUUCCACCUGUAUAAUAAGCUAUGUGUGCAUUUCUACGAUUUUGCUCAGAAUGUUGUAAAAAUAUAAUAAUUUAUCUGGACAUAAUUAUGCGUAGAACUCAGGACCAAGGUUUCAAACUGUUUUGAGGGAGUGGCUUGAAGCUGUGUGCUGUGAAUGAAAUAUUAUUACAUGCGACAUGUUUGAAAUGUAGUGAAGUGAAGCAAGGAUGAGACCGAUAUCUGUUUAGAGCCAGAAGGGCAUUGAGUAACUCAUAUAAUUUUAUUGGCUCAGUGGUCUCGUAACGGGGAAGUCCCAGGGUUUGAAACCAAGUCGAUGCGCUAGUGCCCUUUGGCAAGACAUUAAUCCUCAUUACCAAGUCCGUCGGAGAGGACUUGAAGCUUUUGGUCCCCUGGUUGCUUGUUUCCAAGUAUACACAUGCUUUCUUUAAUAGCAGUUAGGUGAAACAAAGAUAACAGCCUUUGGGCUCUAAACAGACAAUAUAUUAGAAAAUGUAUAGGGCAUCUGAAUGAUACAAUAUCAGGACAACUUUCUUCAAUGAAUCAUAGAUUAUUAAACACAUGCAAUUUGUUUAUCUGUGCCUUGCAUGUACAGUCGAAGCCUUGGCAGUCUAGACAUUUAGGAUAUUAAAGUGAAAUGUUCUACUUUUCUGGCUAACUAUUAAUAUCUUUAUUGUGAUUUUCCCUCUUUUGCUGUCUUGCUAAGGCUAUAUGCAUUCCAUGGUAUAUACAUUAGUGGAUGUAAUGUCAUUUGUUUGAAAGUGCUUUGAAAAGCUGAAGUGGCCUUCAAAGAGACUUUAAUAUAGUGUGUUUUUCAGUGUCAAAAUGAAUUAUACUAUAAACAGCCUGUGUGUAUUUUCACUAUUAAAAAGCCUUUUUUUUUAUAUGUCCGUUAAGAAUUAUUGAAUGUGUCCAGUUGGAGUAUAUAUUGUGGAUCAUCCUAGUAGAUGCAUUGUGUCUGAAUGAUACUAAUAUUUUGAUGUUAUAUUGCAAGGAUAUUAUUCUUCUUUAAUAAUAUUGAUCAAGCCAAGUAACACCACUCGUUUGAAUAUAGAUUUAUUGUGAACUUGUUACUUGUAACAAAGUUGUAACAGCCUGUCUACAUUAUUUUAAUCAGUGAGGACGUUCAGCUGGUUAUAAAGUCCUAUUGUUACACAUAGACUUAAAGAGCAGCUUUCUAUUGUCUUUGAUAUUCGGUUUCUUACAUUGUUAUGUUUUCUGAUGAAGCUUAACCAUGGAUAGUCCAUGCUGUCCAAGAAUGUAGAUACUGUAAAAUUCACAUUAAUUUUAUUUCAUAUUGAAAGUAUGAAACAGAAGCAAAAGCAUGUUCUGAAAGUUGUUCCCAUGGUAAAAAAAUGAGGGGAAAAAAUGUAAGAUCAAAUUUUACACUGGAAAUCAGAAUUCAUAGCCCAAAAUUCUACUGUUGAAAGUUCAUUUUGAUCUUGGCAAAGGUUAUUUAUGAUCUUGUAUUUCUAGCAAUAAAAAAGGGGCUUGAUUAUAUUACAAUUCUCUGUGAGGUUUGUCCCUUUCAACCCCUCCCCCCCUCCCCCCCCCCCCCCCGCUAGAAGGACACAGCUUAUGAAAUGAGUAUACCAUCUGCUGAGAGCCAGAAGGGCAUUAAUCCAUAUCCCUCUAUACAAAUUUAAUUCCCUUUUGAUUCAAGCCCGUCCCACCUGUUCAUCACCGUAUGUGUCAUAUUUCUGGUAUAAAAUUAGAGUUCUCAAGUUGAUUGUGAGGUAUACAUGAUUGUUGUGGUGUAACAGUUUUUCUAUUUGUCAGAUACUACUAUAACUUUCAAGAUUAUAUAAAAUAUAUAUUGAAUAAGAAAGAAAGAGAAAGGAAAAGAUAUUUUUGUAAAUAGAUGCAAGAUUUGAAGGAAUAUAUGGAAGUAUCUGGUGGGAGAAUUUGGAUAGAAGAUGUUUUUUGAUAGAGAAUGAUAUUGGUGUAAAAAAAUUAAACUAUUUACCUGUAGAUUGUACUAAAUAUGAGCCUGUGAUUGUCAAGUAUUACUUUUUAUUGUCUUGUAUGACCCAUGAACUCUUGAUGAAUUUUCACCAUUAAACUUUAAUGAUUCAAUCCGUAUGAGUGUAUUGCAAUAAGCGACGUUUCCAUUCAUCAUGGGCACACACAACAUAAUGUGAUUUACUUAAUCAAGGUAUAAUUAGUCAUUUUGUUUAACGUCUUUUAAUGCAGUCGUUUGAUAUUAUUUAUGCAUUCCAGAGAUGGUAUAAUAUACUAAAAGUUUGUGUACAUUGCAUAGCCUAUCAGGACAUACACAAAUUAUCUUUUCAUAUAUUAGUUUACACGAGGGCAUUUACAAUUAGUUGAAACUGUUGAUUACCUGUGCCUACUUACAUUUAUUCUGUUGUGUUGCUUUAAACAUUCCGUCAUUAAAAUUACUGUAAUUGUGGCAGUUAUGUUAUUAACACAUAUUAAACUCAAAUCAAUAGACGCUUCUUCACCGCAAACUAUCAAAUAAGCAUUGAAGCCUUUUAUUCCGAACAGUUGAUUUUUCUUUUAUCAAUAUUUUUGGUUGUGUAACUCUCAGAGAAGUUCUGAAAAGUUAAAGAGCUUUUCAAGGACUGUUUUUGAGGAAAAGGCAAUGGCGUAUCCAGUACAGAAUCAAGUCAACAUCAGCCCCCUUGUUUGAUUGCCCAGGAAGAAGAAAGGAACUUGGAGUUUGUCUCCAUCAUGCGGGGCUGGUAUCAAAGGUACAUUCCAUCUUCCUCGUCUGAAUGGGAUUAGCCCCCCCCCCCCCCCCCCCUGCUUAUCAAUUGAAGGUAGCAUUGAAUAUUUAAUUACAUAAUGAAAAUUGCACUUUCAAGGUUCUGCAAAAGCGAACAUUGGAAUACAUCAUGUUUAGAUUCAUUGAAGUAUCCAUACGAUAAUCUUUCUUGAAGUAUCCAUAAGAUAAUCUUUCUUGAAGUAUCCAUACGAUAAUCUUUCUUGUGUGAAGUGUUUUUUUUUUUCUUUCCCUGGCUUUUUGACAUGUUUUUUGACAGUUAUGUAAUUUAUCAUUUCCUUGUGAAAAAUCUACUGAUCAUUCUGUUUGGUGUGCAUUAAAACUUGUUUAUAUUCAUACA